AAGUGUCCAGAGUGACGUCAGUGAGCAGCGCCGAUGGGGCUUGCUUGCAAGGCUGCCGUAAAAUGGCCAUAAUUUUCCAGGACUGAGUUUCCCAAUUAUCUUAAUUUUAUGCAUAUAUUACAGACUGGAUAUCUCUGUAGAAUUGUACGAAUACAAAUAACCACAAGCGACACCAGCAGAAUGAGAUGGGGAGGGUGAGGUGGAGAGCGUCAGCAGGUGGUUCCUAGAGCUAUAUCAUUAGGCCCUAACCCCUGCUGACAACUGGACAUUUCCUCAGCAUCAGAGCAGGAGACAUUCGCUACGCUGAUGUGAAUGAUGAAGCCAGCUCAUGAACGCAACCAAGAAUGCCUCCCUCCAAAGAAGCGGGAGCUGCCAGUGAAUAAUAACAAUAGUAACAUUACAGGGGGAGGAGGAACUGGGGGCAAUGGAGGGGGAGCUGAGGAGUCUGUUUCAACCAGCAGCUCUGGUUCCACUGGCAGUGAUGUCCAGGGACACAGUAGUUCUGGAGAAUGGAUUAGAGCACAGCCUGCUCCACAUUACAGCUCUGAGAGUUCAGAUGGUAUGGGUGUACCUGUUGAUCAGUUUAGCAUGUUAUAUAAGGUAGCUCUUCCUUCUGGUACUUACUCUCCAACCAGUCUCCAUCCUGUAUUAAACAUGAGUCACCUCUCUCCAGCAUACAGCGUUCCCCCUGCACUUUUGCAGCACCCAGGGAUUCCCUACUCCCCCCUUGGAUAUGCACAGAUUCCUCAUUCUUCUCUGCAGUUUGUUGGCUCUCAUUAUGCCGUCCCAUAUGCUGUUCCACCUGGCUUUGUUCCAACUCCAUUAAUUUCCCCACAGGCUGCCAUUUCCCAGCAGCACGUUUCUCAUCUAGUCCCAUACCCUCCAGUAAUCCAUGAAGGAGUCAUUACACCUCCUCCUCAGACUCAGCCUUCAGGCCAUGGUUUUGCCAAAGUGGCCACAGCAGGAGGCCUUUCAGUCGUUAUUACAUCUGAGCAGGCCAUGCAACCACAACCACAGCAUCUUGGAAUGAUUGGAGGACUUACGGCUACUGAUGUCAGUCCUAGAGGGGUGCCAAUUUUUUAUCAGCACCCCAGCGCAAGGGCUUCCACAACAGCAGUUGCUACUUCUGGUGCAGUCUUCAGGGAAGCAUUGAGUCACCAUGAUGACAGCAUUGUUGUGACUCCUCAACAGGACAAAAGGAAAGAGGAGAACGGAGAGGGAGAUAGUCCAAGGAAUAGAGAGAUGCCCAUGGAUACCAUCUACUCUCAUAAAAAUGUACAGGUUCUCCAUAUGGUAACAAAUACAAACAGAUCUGACAGUUAUAUGGAUGGACAAAAUGUAUCACUUAGACAGGCUGCUGUCGAAGAAAGAACAUCGCCCAGCCACAGGAGUACCCCAGACACUGACCUUGAGGUGCAGCAAGUUGUUGGCCGUCUGGUUUCCCCUAGUGCACUUGGCGGUCGGAAAAAAGUCUCUGUUGUUCCUUUAAAUCUGUCACAGGGAUCUCACCAAAGCAGAGAGGCAAUGCCAGCUGCACAAGAAAGGGAAAGUGCCCGGGCAGAACAGACAGUAUUGCAUAGUACCGUGCAGAGUGGGCAUCAUAUUGUGCCUUUAGAACAAAGAAUUCAGCAACAUGGUCAUCCUCCACAUCAAGCUGUUGUGCUGGCAAACGGACAGCCCCUAUUGGUUCCUCUAGAUCAUGUUCCUCAGAUGCACAGUUCCGGAAUACAGCAGAGCAAUGUUUUAAACACAGUAGCAGAACCAAUAUUUUCUAAAGAAACAGAGCCUCCACCAACACCAUCUGUUUCUGAAAAGUCUAGUGGAACUGAUACUACUGACAAUCGUGGGCCAACAGGAUCAGCUCCUGCCUCUGCACCACCUCACCCCUCUCACUUUAUGAAGGGAGCCAUUAUUCAGCUGGCUACAGGGGAACUUAAACGAGUAGAAGAUUUGCAGACUCAAGAUUUUGUGCGCAGUGCAGAGGUAAGCAAUGGCCUUAAAAUUGACUCCAGCAUAGUAAUGGAUAUACGCAAGAGCCAACAGAAGCCCGGCCUGGUAGCCCUCCAAUUUACGGUUGGUGAACAGCAGAGUAAAGUCACCAUUGAUGUUCCUCCAGAGCACCCGUUCUUUGUUUUUGGCCAGGGAUGGUCCUCUUGCAGCCCUGACAGGACAGGGCAGCUGUAUGGGUUAUCCUGCCAUCAACUACAACUGGGAGAUGUCUGUGUAUCACUCACUUUGCAACAUCAGUCGCAGGCAAGGACCAUAGCCGUCAACAGUGUUGGUGAUGCAGUAACUGGAAACUCUCAGACUAGCGGUCCUCCCGAAUCUCAUCAAGUGAGAACCGUAGAUCAGUAUCACACAGAGAGAACUUGUAUCGAAAGGCCGGGCGAGGCUGAAGCAAUGCAAGUGGAACGGGGAGUAGAGGAAUCACUCCAGUCAAAAAGGACAUUGUCAGACCAGGCCAAAGGUCAGACGAAUUAUUAUUUGCACACUGAGAAUCUCCCAGGAACAAGAGUAGGGACGGCUGUGUCAACAAGUGUGUCUCGGCAACACUGGCCAGCACCCAAUUUCCAAAGAUAUGGGAUCAAAAAUGAGGAGAGGGUCAGUCCUUCAUCUGGCCCUUCUAGGCCUUCUUUUAUCCCUCAGGAGGUCAAGUUGUCCAUUGAGGGGCGUUCAAAUGCAGGAAAGUAGCAGCAGAAUGAGAUUGUUCAAGGAAGGAGAAUGAGUGUGGAACCUCAGAAUGCUAGAGAAUAAUUUGCACAGUAAGGAGGAUUCAAUCCUCUUCUUCUUAACAUUAAUCCAAUUAACUUAGUGGAUUCCAGUUCAGGUCCUUUGGACUAUUGAAUUAAUGGGUUUCUAUCAAGCAGGGGCUUUUAAAACUAGCAUUAACAACACGAUAUCCUGAAGUAAGGUCUCAGACACAGCAUGCUUGUGUAACAGAGUGAGUAGGUGUGCUAAAGGACUGAACUCGGGAGCCACUUCUCUAAUACCCCCCAUAUAUUAUGGGAAAUCAUUACACUCAUCUGAUUUUCAGGGAGUAUGAACUUUUAACAUCAAAAUAUUAUAACAUACAAAUGUUUAUUAACCUUUUCUGCACUGUUUGACAAGCUUACUAUCGUCAGUUGUAAAGAAUCAAUGUUCCUAAACGUAUUAGUAUAGUCAAAAAGAAAGGGAUGCUGGGAAAGAAAGUUCUGGAGUUUAUUAUCCCAGCCUUGUU